CCUGACGAUUUAUGCAUCGACAAGAAACAGAAGGAAGAUGAUGAAAAAGAUCGAAGACCCCCACAGGUGUAUGGAAUCAGAAAGGUUGCAGCACAUGAGAAGAGAAAUUUCGGAAUCUCAAGAAAUCCUUUAUGGAAAAACAAUAUCAUUCCAUAUGAUAUUGAUACGAAAUCUUUUGGUCCUAGGUUAAGCAAGGCUGUCAAUUUAAUCCAGAAAACAGCUUAUAAUAUCUCCCAAACUACCUGUGUGAAAUGGAGACUCAAGACAAAUGAGGAUAAAUAUUUCAUCAAAUUUAUUGGAUAUGCAUAUAAUGAUGACGGAUGCUGGUCAUAUGUUGGAAAUCAAAGCAAUGAAGGUGGACAAGAGCUACUACUUAGUGAGAGAUGUCUAGAUGAAUACACCGUACUACAUGAAAUGCACCAUGCAAUGGGUGGAGUUCACGAACAACAGAGGAACGGAAGACAAACUUUUGUGAAAAUCAGCUGGGAAAACAUCGAAACUAAAUAUACAAAUGCGUUUACUAUAAAUCAACAUACCAAAAACAGAGAAAUUUAUGACUAUAAGUCAAUUUUACAAUAUCAUCUGGCGGCUUUUACAAUAAAUGGUAAAAACACAAUGACGAUUCCUGACAGGGAUCUGGAGUACCUUAUUACUAACCCAAAGUAUUUUUUCUCCUUCUAUGACAUGGCGGAGGUUAAUAAAGCUUAUAGAUGUCCAACGGCCAGCUGUAGUUUAACUUGUAAGAAUGACGGGUUCAGAAUGCAGGCAGUAGAGCAACAGACCUGCCACUGCCAUUGUCCGUCCGGGUUAAAGGGUAAAACCUGCGAAGUGUUGGACACUGACGAAGGUUGUGGGGAAACCAUUACGCUUUUGAAUGGGGAAUCAAGGGACAUUAAUAUCACGUCAUACAGAACUGGUAGAAUGUGUACAUGGCUUGUAAAGGCUGAACCUGAUUCUCUAAUGAAAGCCAUCGUGACAUCCAUUGAUCUUCCCUAUAGCGUGAGAAAGGAAUGCUCUCAUUGGCUGGAGUUCCGUGAUUACCUCAUUGGGGAUCCUGGAAAAGAACUGUGUGGGAAAUCUACGACUCCCAUAAUAUAUACCCAAAUGGACAUUGGUGAGGCUUCACCAUUCAUGAUUCGAUUCAACAGCAAGAACAAUCAUUUGCCAGGGACAGGUUUCACUAUGAGAGUGGAGGCUUUCCAAUCAGGUUGUAUGAGUUCUCCGUGCAAGACAGGGUCAACAUGCACAGAGGGAUCUGGAGGCGGAUCAUACACAUGCACAUGCAAAAAUGGUCUGUCGGGAGAAACUUGUAAUGAAUUUGAAGCCCUAUCACUGAAUUCAUGCAAUUUUGAAGAUGACUUUGGGACCUGUUUAUUUGACCAAGAUGAAUCAGGCGACAUUCUAUGGAGCUUUAAUACGCGACUUUGUGAAAGAAAUGACGGACCAUGUUUAACACACGGUACUGGUUACCAGUUCCUAACGAUGACACCAUCCUUCGACGAUGUUCCAUACAGCAGCGAAUCAAAAGCCAGAAUCAAAACAACUGCCAAGUUUGAAGCCAAUGACCGAUGUCUAUCUUUCGACUAUGCUAUUGGUGAAUUUUUGGCUGAUGAACCACCGGCAGAGAUAAAC